AUUCGCCCGGUGCCCGACGCUCAGGUGGGGCUAGAUCCCGCCCACCGAUCCCAACUCCUCCGAGGUGUGCGCAGGGAAACCAUUACAUGUCACGGCUUUAGAGUGAUACACAUCUCUUGCCGGUGCUGUUUGUGGUUCUGCUGGUCCUGGUUGGCGUGAGAAGAUGCAGAGGAAUGGGGCGCUGGAAUGCAGCGUCUGCCACUCCAAGGUGGUGGCGCCGAGCCCCAGGAGCAUAUCAAGGGCAUAUGACAAGCACAAGAGCAAGAUAUCGUCCAAACAGCGCGUGCUCACGUUCCUUCUCGUGUCCGGGGACUGCGUCUUGGUCGGCCUCCAGCCUAUCCUUGUCUUUAUGUGCAAGGUUGAUGGGAAGUUUAAGUUCAGUCCUAUGAGCGUCAACUUUUUGACGGAAGUUGCAAAAGUUUUCUUUGCUAUCAUAAUGCUAAUAAUCCAGUCUAGAAAACAGAAGGUUGGGGAGAAGCCACUUCUGUCGCUUUCGACCUUUGUACAGGAAGCCCGUAACAAUGUACUAUUAGCUAUUCCUGCUCUACUAUAUGCCAUCAACAACUACCUAAAGUUUACCAUGCAGUUAUACUUCAACCCCUCGACUGUGAAGAUGCUAAGCAACCUGAAGGUCCUUGUCAUAGCUGUCCUCCUAAAAUUGAUAAUGAGAAGGAAAUUCUCUAUAAUUCAGUGGGAAGCCCUUGCUCUGUUGCUUAUUGGAAUCAGUGUGAAUCAACUACGCUCAAUGCCCGAGGGUGCCAAAACUUUUGGUCUUCCUGUCACCGCAAUUGCAUACAUAUACACACUAAUAUUUGUCACUGUCCCAUCGUUUGCCUCUGUCUACAAUGAGUAUGCCUUGAAAAGCCAGUUCGACACAAACAUCUAUCUGCAGAAUGUGUUUCUGUAUGGAUAUGGUGCAUUUUUUAACUUCCUUGGCAUCCUAGGGACUGUCAUACUAGAAGGGCCAGAGAGUUUUGAUAUCCUUCGAGGGCAUUCAAGAGCCACAAUUUUUCUCAUUUGUAACAAUGCCGCACAAGGAAUACUCUCUUCGUUCUUCUUCAAGUAUGCAGAUACAAUUUUGAAGAAGUACUCAUCAACAGUGGCCACAAUUUUCACUGGUCUAGCAUCUGCUGCAUUUUUGGGACAUACCUUGACUAUUAACUUUCUCCUAGGCAUCUCAAUAGUCUUUAUUUCAAUGCACCAGUUUUUCUCUCCACUAGCCAAAGUCAAAGAUGACAAACCAGCUGGAACUUCAGAAUUGGAGAAACAUAGGUUGUCUGACUCUUCUUUUGUAAAUAUGACUGCUGGUGCUGAUGAUGCAAGCCUCCUUGGCCCAACUGAUGAUGAUAGAAAACCAUUGUUGCCUACUUAACAUUAUACUUGAGGUAGUUAUAGAAGAGAAUUCUUUUUGCCGGGAACCACACACUUUAUGUAGCAUGGUAGAUUGAAUCAUACACUCUUGUACACUGUAAAAGCAAAGGAAAUAUAUUUAUAUGUAAGAGGCCAUCGGAUUCUUUCUUUCUUUUUUCACCCCAAGUUUCUUGGGGCAACAAAUGAGGGCUGGCAUAUUUCACAUAUUCCAUACGAAUUCACUGAUACGAAACAA